GCUAGCGAUAGAAGAGGAAUUGAGAUCUCGGGUAAUGGCAUCAGGAGGAGGAUCUUCUUCUUCUUCUUCUUCUCCUAGUAAAGUGGCCGUCGUCGGAGCUGGGCCUUGCGGUCUCGUAGCCGCUCGGGAGCUCCGAAGAGAAGGCCAACAACUGGUGAUGUUUGAGAAGGGUGACCGAAUCGGAGGCACAUGGGUUUACGAUCCCAGACUUGAGAACCUCCCACUGAGUCGGAGCGUCAAACAGGACGAAGAAGGUGUUGGGGUUGAUGUCCACAGCAGCAUGUACCGUUCACUCCGAAUUAAUUUCCCGAGGCAGAUGACUGGGUUUUUGGAUUACCCUUUCCUCAAGGAAAGCCAUGGUGGAGACUCCAGAACGUAUCCUCGAAGAGAGGAGGUGCUCUCCUAUCUGGACGACUUCGCCGGAGACUUCCGACUCGUUGAGUUGAUCCGCUUCCGCUCUGAAGUGGUCCGAGUGGAGCGUAAUCAUGGAAGGCCAGAUGGAUGGAUUGUUCAGUCUAGCACUUCGGAAUCGGAGGAGCUGGAAACAGAGGUGUUUGACGCCGUUGUCGUCUGCAACGGCCAGGAUACGGUGCCGAGAUUCGCCGAGAUUCCAGGAAUUGAUAAGUGGCCCGGAAAGCAAAUACAUAGCCACAACUACCGAAUUCCUGAACCAUUUCGAGACCAGGAAGAAGAAAGGUACAGUGUAUGUACCAAAGUGGUAUCAGUGCAAGGGAAUGGACGAAAGGGUCGAUCGUCUUGAGGUUGACAUAAGCUCUCUCAAUGAAGGACAGAAGAAAAUCCUACCUAGACUUGAUGGGCAACAACAACUUCUUACCAAGUUGUCUGAAUUUUUUGAAAGAAUGAGUUCAGGUGGACCAAACAUGAAUGCCCCUGAGUUGGAAGGGACUUCAAGAUCGGCUGCUCAAAUUCCUGGUUUGGCUCAUUCUCCUCUUUUGAACCAUGCCCAGUAAACUACUACAUCUCAACAAUCUUUCGCACCCAAGCUGGUAAAAUUAGAUUUUUCCAGCUACAAUGGUGAGGAAGACACUACUAGUUGGACAUGCCGAGUUGAACAGUUCUUUCGGUUUCAUCAAACUCCUGAAGAAGAGAAGGUGGCGUUGGCAUCAUUUCAUCUUGAGGGGAUGCUCAGUUGUGGUACCAAGAAAUACAAAAGUAAAUAGACAAUAGAUCUACACAACAUAGAAAUUUAACUUUUUAAUUAGAAGGUAGACUAAAUUUUCUAAUUUGCUAUUAUUUCUCCUUGAGAGAUGAGGAAAGACAACCUUUUAAUUGCGCUAAACUUUUCGUGCAAUUUCUUUUGUUAUCAUCUUGCCUUUAUAAUAGAACUACCAAUGUGAUUUCAA